CCUCACAUUUCUUUCUCUCUUUUUUUCUUUUUUUUUUCCUCCUCCGACCUGUGCAGAAAGACAAACGAACAAGAAAAGCGUUUCCCAUCAGACUGCAGUGUGGGUUCUGAGGGCCUUGGGUGGAUGUAAGUUUCAAUGAGGUAAACGAGGAUUUGUUUUUAUUUUUUUUAAACUACUCACAAAACAGUUUGAAAGGAUGGUGGCAGUAGCGCUGAUAAUGCUGAUGACAAAGAUGGCAUCAGCGUCCAUGCCUGGCUCAGAGACGGACCUUAAACGAAGAUAUGGAACUGGUUUCCCAGAGCUGGACCGAAGCUCGUGCCACUUGGUGGGAUUUGGAGUCAGAGCGAUUCCUUCCAACAUUUCCAGCAACACCCAGUGCCUGGAAGUGAAGCAGACGCAGAUCAUAGAGAUUCAACAGCAUGCCUUCACCAACCUACAGCACCUCAGCAAGCUUCAAAUCCUGCAGAACAACAUCCUGCAGAGCAUCGGAGAAUCGGCCUUUGCUGGUCUGCCUCAGCUCUCUGACGUCUGGAUAUCUGAAAAUCUUGCUUUGGAGACGAUAAAGGCUUUCGCUUUCUCCAAUCUGCCAAAGCUCACUGAUAUAGAGAUAACCAAGUCCAAACACCUGAGAUCCAUUCAUCCAGAUGCUUUCAGGAACAUUGUGAACCUCCGGCGUCUGACCAUCUCCAACACAGGCCUGAGAAUUUUUCCAGACCUCUCCAAGAUCCACUCGGCAGCCCAAGAUUUUCUAUUUGACCUCCAGGACAACAUCCACAUAGAAGCUGUUCCUGCCAAUGCCUUCAGGGGCCUCUGCACAAAAACAAUUACGGAAAUACGGCUCACCAGAAAUGGCAUCAAGGAGGUGGCGAGUGACGCCUUCAACGGAACAAAGAUGUACAGACUGCUUCUCAGUGGAAACGAGCAGCUUACUCACAUCAGCCCCGACGCCUUUGCGGGUUCCAGUGCGUUGGUGAUGCUGGACGUCUCUCACACUGCUGUCAGCUCUCUGCCGGACUCCAUCCUCGGUGGUCUGAGGAGGCUGUUGGCAAGGUCUGCCUAUCGCCUCAAAGAGCUUCCUGUUGUGCAGCGCUACACAAAGCUGUACGUAGCCAACCUGACGUACCCUUCGCACUGCUGUGCCUUCAAGAACAUGCACAGAAACAGAUCAAAGUGGACGUCUCUGUGUAGCCACCCUCAGGCGAAAACGAUCCCAGCCUUCUUCAGGGAGCACUGCUCCAACUCCACCUCCAUCUCCUGCAGCCCGCAACCUGACAGCUUUAAUCCGUGCGAGGACAUCAUGUCCCCCACCCCCCUGCGGAUCCUCAUCUGGAUCAUCUCUGUCCUGGCUCUGCUCGGCAAUGCGAUGGUUCUCCUGGUGUUGUUAGGCAGCCGCUCCAAGCUGACGGUUCCUCGUUUUCUCAUGUGCCACUUGGCCUUCGCUGACCUCUGCAUGGGUGUCUACCUGGUAGUGAUCGCCACCGUGGACAUGCUCACUCACGGCCGCUACUACAACCAUGCCGUCGACUGGCAGACGGGCUUUGGCUGCAAGGCGGCGGGGUUUUUCACGGUGUUUGCCAGUGAGCUGUCAGUGUUCACACUAACGGCCAUCACCGUGGAGCGCUGGCACACCAUCACAAACGCCAUGCGGCUCGACCGCAAACUUCGCCUGAGGCACGCCUGCAUCAUCAUGACAAUUGGAUGGAGCUUCUCCCUGCUGGCUGCCCUGCUGCCCACCGUCGGUGUCAGCAGCUACGGCAAAGUGAGUAUCUGCCUGCCGAUGGAUGUGGAGUCUGUCGUGUCCCAGGUCUACGUCGUUUCUCUACUCAUCCUCAACAUCCUGGCCUUCUUCUGCGUUUGCGGCUGUUACCUCAGCAUCUACCUGACCUACCGCAAGCCUUCGUCGGCGCCCGCUCACGCCGACACCCGAGUGGCUCAGCGCAUGGCCGUCCUCAUCUUCACCGACUUCGUCUGCCUGGCGCCCAUCUCCUUCUUUGCCAUCUCCGCCGCCCUCAAGCUCCCUCUCAUCACCGUCUCAGACACCAAACUCCUCCUGGUCCUUUUCUACCCCAUCAACUCGUGCUCCAACCCCUUCCUGUACGCCUUCUUCACCCACACCUUCCGACGGGACUUUUUUCUCCUCGCAGCUCGCUUUGGCCUUUUUAAGACUCAAGCCCAAAUUUACCGAACAGAGACUUCCUCGUGUCAGCAGCCGACGUGGACCUCUCCGAAAAGCAGCCGCGUCAUGUACUCCUUGGCGAAUACGCUGAGUCUGGAUGGGAAACAGGAGUUUUGAUUGUCAUCAAAAUGAUAAGGGUUACAUACUUUCAUUUAAUGAAGUUUUUUUUUUCCCUUCACAGAAAAAAAAAUGUUUCCAAAGAUAAUUUGAUGAAGAACUGUUAAAAAGCAAUGUGGCACUUUAUAGUGGAAGAAAGUAUAAGUGUUUGAGAAGUUAAACAGUUUUAUUUAUGGUCAGGCACUGUAGAUAUUCUUAAACAAGUUGAAAAUCCUGAGUUAAUCCACUCUUACUCGUGAUUUAGAUGAUUUGGUCUUCACAGCUCCAGGGCUUUCCCUCCAAACACUGGACAAUCGUUUAUGGCUAUUUAAUACUGGCCAAUCCACGACUUUAUGUCUUUGGCCCAGAAAAUAUGCUAACAUUGAAGCCCUUUUUAGCCUCUAGACCCUGUUCCAUCCACCCUGAACAAAGGCAUAAAAAGUCAAGCUUGGUUUGUACAUUGGAUCAACCCAAACACAUUUCGAACACAUUUAGACAUCAUUUGAUGCCUUCAUGCUGAUGACUUUUCCUUUUCAACCUUCUUUUUUGUUUUUUUUAUUGUUGCUUUUGUUUAGCAAGAAGGCAAAGUCAUUUUAAAAACUAUAGAAUGAUAAUGUGGUGGUGAGGAAGGGUGUUAUUAAACUUGAAAUGUCAAGUUAAGGGUGAAAAGAAUAACUAAAAUGGCACAUAGAUUCCUACAAAUUCAAAGUUAGUGUUGAAAUCUAUUUCCGUCAGAAGUUGGGACCUGGUUAUGGGAAUCACAUUGCCCCCCCAUCUUUACAGUGCCACAGUUGGAGGUCAGAAAACCAGCGGGUUGGCUUAACUAUUUCUACCAGGCUUUCACUAAGCAAUACAGUAGAAAACAACCUAUUUCUUUAUAAUGUCUGCACUCGGACAUUAUAGCGAAGAAAUCACGAGGACUGUGGUGGAACUGAUUUAAUGAGGUGAUAACAACAGAAGGGCAAAUUGGAGCUUCUUUUACCGCAGACAUUGUCACACUUUAUACAUGUAUUAGCCAUAUUGUAUUCUGACAACACUGCUGAGUACUAAUUCUGACUUUAGCUAAUUUUGAGCUGGUAUUUUGAGUUAUAAACUGUAAAUCUUGACUUCUGGUGUUCAUCUCAAUAAAUCAGUGACACGUACUAAUGCUCAAACUCUGUAGGAAAAAUGCACGUAAUGUUUAGAAAUAAAUUGCUCUUGGAUUGUUUUGUUAAGAAUAGCUAGCCUUGUCACUGCAGCUCAACAACUAGAAAAUCGCUCAGGUUUUGAUGGUUAAUACGGAUGUGAUGUCAUGAAAGAGCAUGGCACAACUGCAAAUCUUCCAAAAUAUCAUCCGGCAAGGAGCGUAUUAAUCAGAGAAGCACCCAAAAGGCCCACGGUAUCUCUGGAGGAGCGGCAGAGAACCACAACUCUUUUGGGUUGAAUGUGUUGUGUAGGCCGCUCCACAUAUCGAACCGCAAAAGCCAUCAUGGCCGCCAUGUGCUUAAAACUUAGUGACGGUUCCUGUUAUAAACAGUUUAUUGCUCCCCUUACAGCUUUUAUGUCAGAUGCAAAGUACUGCAAAAUGAUUUUUAAAAACAUUGUUUUUCUCGCUGGUUUUCUGACUUGGAGGUAGGACACGAUUGAGUAGGUUGUGAAGUCAUACCCAGGCUAGAUGUCUGCUUUUUACAGCUCUAUAGAUAAUACAGUUUUUUAGCCUCCAGAGUCCAGUUUCCUUCUAUGACUAAAUGCUGCGAUCAAUUUGUCUGUGAACUCAGAGUAGUUAGGUGGGAAAUGAUGCCCUAUGCGAGCUGAGUGCUUUCUGGUUGCAAGUUAAAAAA